AUGGCUUCCCCAACUCUUUGUGGCACUCGCUGCCGGACCGACUUUAUGCAUUCCGAGCAAUUCCUCAUCGGCGGAGUCGUGCGGCUUGGAAACACGUAUUACGCGCUGACAGUUGUCCAGCCAUUUCUCGAGUACGUGGAAGCUCUCUCUGGGGAGCAUUGGUCUCAGAGGACGCAUGAAAUAUGCCGGCCCAGACAAGUAUACGAUGUCCGCACCGGCGUUCUGCUCGGUCGGCUACCCGUGGCCCCGGAUACGCCAUGGGAAGCCGACGAGAGGUUCUACUGCCGCGAUCUAGGCUGGGCACUCGUGGAGCUCGCGGACCAAAAUACCCUGUGGACCAAUGCUCGGGUGGUUGACUGGGAGAUGGAGAAUCAGCCAUCCUGGCCCAAACGCACGGGCUUCGCCAUCGAACCCCGGAAAGGGGGCCGACCACCCCAGCUGGUGGGAUACUUCCGCGGCCCUGACGACCACAGAAGAGUGGUAAGUAUAGUCGCGAACGAAUUGGAAAAGGAGAUCGUCUGCCGGAAGCAUGGAAAAGUGGAUGUAAUGACCCCUUCCGAUGCUUAUCGCUUGUAUCUUUCAUGCCCGUACCGCUCCUAUUUUGCGGGUGGCUGGGUGCUGGAUCAGCCUAAUGAGCCUGAUGGCUCGUUUGUCGCGCUUAUCCUGCCUGGUUCAUCGGAGGGUGAUAAUAAAGCGAUUGGGUCGUCUGCGGCGGAGAUUCUCGAUGAUAUCAAGGGGAAUACGGGUGAGGAUGUCAUUUUGUGUUGA